AUGGCAGGCCCAAAGGUACAGGAAAGUACCGGCAGUGGUCCAGUAACGAAGCGCCAGAAAACACAGAGCAAUGGCGAAAAGAACUCUGCGUCGCUGGUCCGCCAGUCUAAGAUCUUUGCGCCAUUCCGAACUGUUGGUUUAGUGUCGCCUACAAGCGUCCCCUUCACCACACUCCCCCUCGGCAAGACCACCUUCCAAAUCACAACUUCCGUCGGCCGCUCUCUACAAACCUACGAUCUUAAGCGCGGACUCAACCUUGUCUUCAUAACUCGGCCCCAGACACCCGAGGAUAUCACUGCAACGUUGGCAUGGAGGAAGGUCGUAUUUGCGGCCUGGUCAAGCCCCAAGUCCAACACCCAGGGCGGCGUGUGGGUAUUCCAGCGCGGAAAAAAGACUGCAGAGCUAGAGAUGCCACGCGGCGGCAUACAGCGCAUCACAAGACUGGUAGUUCUGGGAGAAUGGAUUGUAGGAUGCGGCAAGACCAAAAUCGAAAUUUGGAGGACAGCUACCUUUGAGCACUACACGACCCUCCAAGGCGCCUCUUCCAGUGCCCUCUCUGGCUGCAUCUGCAACAUGCCUACCUAUCUGAAUAAGAUAUUCGUGGGUCGAGCCGAUGGAUCUGUCGAGAUAUGGAACAUCAGCACCGGAAAGCUGCUGUACACGCUCCUCCCUCCAGCCGCAGACUUUGGUUCUGUGACCGCACUACAGCCGACGCCCGCCUUGUCGCUCCUCGCUAUCGCAUACCAAUCAGGUCCAAUCACGAUACAUGAUAUACGCGCAGACAAGGAGAUAAUGCGCCUGAAUACGGGUGGCUCGCAGAAACACCCAGUAACCUCCAUCUCCUUUAGGACUGAUGGAUUGGGUGCGGGUGAUGAUGGCCGCGAAGACGGUGUCAUGGCAACAGCUAGUCGUGACAGUGGCGACAUUACCUUCUGGGAUCUCAACAAAGGUGGCCGUAAAACCGGUACCCUCCGGGGAGCUCAUGGUCCGCCUCCUUCUGCAAGCGGAGGCGUUGGUGGUGGUAUCAGCAAGAUCGAAUUCCUUGCUGGACAGGCAGUCAUUGUGUCGAGUGGCUUGGACAACUCCUUGAAGAGCUGGAUCUUCGACGAAACACCCUUCUCGCCCCUACCUCGCAUCCUUCAUUCUCGUGGCGGCCAUGCUGCGCCAGUCUCAACUCUCCGCUUCCUUCCCUCCAACUCGGACGGCUCCGACGACGUCGGCAAAUGGCUUCUCAGCGCGAGUAAAGACCGAAGUCUGUGGGGCUGGAGUUUGCGACGAGAUGGGCAAAGCACAGAGCUCAGCCAGGGUGCUAUCCAGAAGAAAGCAAAGAAGAUGGGCCUGCUGAAUGGAAAUGCCGAGACGUCCAAGCAUCAUAUCAAGUUGGAAGAUCUGAAAGCUCCGGCAAUCACCUGCAUGGCUUGUUCUCUCAACCGCGACGGUGGCAUGGGCGCGAUGCCUGGCGUAGCAGGUAUAUGGAACAACUCAUCCAAGGUCAAGGGCCAGGACAAGAAAGCCACAGAAGUCAAUAUGACUGGUUGGGAGAGUAUCGUCACGGGGCACGCUGGUGACAAGAGUGCAAGAACCUGGUUCUGGGGCCGUAAACGGGCGGGUAGAUGGGCUUUCGAUACAGGCGAUGGCACAGAAGUCAAAAGCGUUGCAAUUUCAUCUUGCGGCACGUUUGCUUUGGUCGGAUCCGCCGGUGGCUCCAUUGACAUGUACAACCUUCAAUCUGGCCAGUUCCGACGCAGGUUCCCCGCUCGACUCACUCCUGUGGAGGCAAAACAGCACAAACUUCGGCAACUACAGGCCGAAGAGGCUUUGGACUUCAUGGAUGAUGCUCCACGGAAAUUCGCAAAGGGAGAAGGUAAACACAAAGGAGCUAUCACUGGUCUAGCUGUGGACGCCCUAAAUCGCACGCUCAUAAGUUGUUCUGAUGAUGGCAAAGUCAAGUUCUGGGAUUUUGCUACGGGCAUCCUACUUCACGAGAUCGACUGGUACCCUAUGACGAAGAUCAACGGUCUGCGCUAUCACCGGAACAGUGAUCUGAUAGCACUGAGCUGUGACGAUGGCUCGAUCCGCGUAUUGGACAUCACAACUAAGAAACUUAUUCGAGAACUGUGGGCGUCUCAAUCUCAUGCUGCGUUACAAACCCUCGAUUAUACCUUCUCGAGUGAUGGCCGGUGGAUCAUUUCUGCGGCCUCAGACUCCACCGUCAGAGUUUGGGACUUGCCAACUGGUCAUCUCAUCGACGCUAUGAGGCUUCCCAAAAAAUGCAACACUGUGGCUUUUUCACCUUCAGGCGAGUUCCUUGCCACCGGCUUAGAUGGCGAAGUAGGCGUGCAUAUCUGGACAAACCGAACGCUCUUCACGCAUGUGUCAACUCGUCAAAUAACAGAGGACGAUGUUGCCGAGGUCAGCGCGCCCACAGCAUCUGGCGAAGGUGGUGUCGCUGUUGUUGAAGCUGCUACCGAAGAGAGGGCAGAAGACGAGGAUCAAGACGAAGUUACAGUACCGGUUAUGGACCAACUCAGCGACAAGAUCACAACAUUGAGCUUGGUUCCCAAGUCCCGCUGGCAAACGCUGUUACACCUCGACGUCAUCCGUGCUCGCAACAAGCCUAAGGAGGCUCCGAAAGCGCCAGAAAAGGCGCCUUUCUUCCUCCCAUCCCUUGGUCAGAAUCAGGUUCAGGGAGCAGAAAACAACGCCGUAGCGCCACUCGAUCAAGACCCAAAGUCCCGCAUAUCCAGCUCCGCGCUUGCUUCGCGCUCUAGCGCCGCCACAGCUACCGAUGUGUUCAGUCGUCACCUUGCACAUGCGAGCGAAACUGCCGACUAUACGCCUCUCCUAACUCAUCUCUCGUCACUUCCGCCUUCGGCCGCGGACAUCGCGAUUCGCACGCUUGACACAACAGAACCUUACACGGAGCUACGAACAUUUAUCGAGGCGUUGACCGCAAGGUUGCAAGAACGCCGAGACUACGAGCUUGUUCAGGCUUGGAUGAGUGUGUUCCUACGACUACACGGAGACAUUGUUGUCAAAGACUCUGAACUGGUAGGUGAGUUGAGAAAAUGGCAAGAGGAGGCAAAGAAGGAACGCGAAAGGGUGGGUGGACUAGUAGGAUACAGUGUUGGUGUAGUAGGAUGGGUUAGGAGUGCAAGAUGA